AGACUAAGCCACACAGGGUCCAGCUCCAUCACUUCGUCCUCGAUCCCGGGGACACGGGGGUCUCUUGGAGGUCUCAUACUCUUUCUAAACAUCUGGUGACAGUGGUGCUCCCAACCUCUCUCGUUGACAAUCAUCAGUGGAAAUGGUCUCAAUCAAACAUUGUGGCUGUUGGAGAUGGUGAUAUCAUUUUCCCAAGUGAUAUGAAUGAAUUAUAUUAUCGGCAAUGAGGGGACCCAUGUAGUUGCGAAACGUUUCCAUAUCAGACCAGAGGAUGGAAAACCUAUACACAUCACCUUGGGUAUACUAACCAUGCGCAACAGCCCCACACGUGCUAUAGAAACGGUGAUCCAACAAAGCAUCACUUAAGGUCGUUUAAUCAGCUUCAGAAUGGGAGAAAGGGGGAGAAAGUCACAGGAGUGAAGAGCGCCACUGUCAGUUGUAGCACGAGGUAAUAAAAUUCACGUCAAGGUUAAUGGACGGAAAAGUGAAUUAGGUUUAAAACUUUCCAGCCUCGGUUUUUCAACUCUGCUUGUGAACCCCAAUAAUGGAUAAAAAACAAGCUUAUGAAUUGUUGCAAAGCUUCCAGCAUUGUGCAUACAAGCUGAGUAAGCUUGAGGAGUUUCAAAUGGCAGCAAGAUUGCUGUAUGGGCCAGAAUGGGUAGUUGAAGUAGAUAUUGUCCAGAGAAUGAGAUUUACCUGUUCAGUUUGCCAUAAGUCUAUGACCUGUGCAGUGUCUGCGAAAGAACACACUCUUUCUGAAGGUCACAUGAAGGCUUUGGAUUUUUUGAAGCAAAAGGAAUAUAAAAGAACAUUAUCAUCAGCUGAGGUUAUCACCCUGGGGGACCUUCUUCUGAAUAGCUAUGUUAAACCUAUUGGGCUCUGCAUGAUUGAAGAAUAUAGAACAGGCAAGAAGUUGUACUACAAUUGCAUUCUGUGUGAUGCUUACUCUGAUGUCGAUUCUAUGUAUAACCAUGUGAUUGGUACAAAGCAUACUGAGAAGUACAUUGAUAUGAAGAUGGGAAAGAAGGACGUCCCAUUCUUGACAUCAAAAAUGCGUGAAGAAUACAGAGAUCAGUUAUUGAAGGAGGAAGGACUUCAUAUGAAUAAUAUAAAGACAAAAAUAGGAGAGAAGUUUAAACCCUCUCUGUGGGAGAAAAAGAAGUGGACCCAAUACAGGACAUUAUCUCAUAGUUCUACAACUAUGUCCAGAAUUACCUCAUGUUCUUCAAUUUACGAGCCAGACCCUACUACUCUACCAAAGUCCAAGUCUCCAGAAAGAGCUAAAUUAGAUGUGGAAAGACCCCAUUCUCAAGCAAGAUUGAUAAACAAAAGAAUUGAAUCUAAUUCCUUAGGUAGAACCCCAGCAGCUGAAGCUCUAGUGGAAGAUUCACUCAGUAAAGAAGAAUGUCUAGAUUUAAUGUUGAAACUGGCUGAUCAGAUUGUGUUUAUCUCUCCUGAAGAUGACUUUUAAUAAGAUGAUUUUUUUCUUUCUUUCUUUCUUUUUGUUUCUUUCUUUCAGAGUAGUCACUUUUUUGUAAUUAUCAUAUUAGCAUAUUCAAAAUGUUUUGGUAUUAGUACAUUCAAAAUAUGAAUGGAUUGAUACUCUUUUUUUUUUUUUAACAAUCCAAAUUAGGUUUUUAUUUUUUACAAGUGAUAAAAGUGAAGUAUAGAUUUAUCUGGGUUUUUUUUAGUUAUCAUAUUGCUAUUAAAACAUUGAAAAUGUGAAUGGAAAGAUACUUAACACAAGUGUUUUUUAAGACUGCUCGAAAGAUCAUUUUUUGAGAAAUCUGGAAUCAAAGGAGAAAUUCAAAUUUUUGAGGCUUCAGUAUCAUGUUCAUUUAUUUCGGAUCUCUAAA